AUGGCUCUGAGCCUUCGCUGGGCUGUAACUUGCAUCUUUUUCAUAGCUACCACCAUCAGUGGAUUUACCCAGGAAAAACUCAAACAGAUGUUGUUGGAAAGGCUUGGGCUACCUGAAGUCCCAGCUCUUCACAGAACAGACCUGGAGAAACUCAUCAUUCCGGAGCAUGUAAGAAAUAAAUACAUGUUGAUGCUGAAGCAGCACCGCAUUAAGCGAAGAGCCUUACCAAGUCUAGCUGGGAUCCUGAGAGGGAUUCCUGGCAAUGCAGAUAUUUCAGGAGAAGUUCUCUAUUCCGACACCACUCGCCAGAAGCUGAUCUUCGACAUGCAGGGCAGGAUACCAGAAAACAGUGAAGUUACCAUGGCUGAGUUAAAACUUUUCAAAAAGCCAUUAGAGAGGGCUCAAUUGCCCAGCCGUCAGUCUCAGAGGCCAGUCACAAAUGCCCGAGUGAGUGUGUACUGGGUGCAGCCUCAAGAGAACGGCACCAACCGGACUUCUUUGAUCGAUUCCAGGUUAGUUCCAGUUAUGGAGUCUGGUUGGAGGAAUUUUGAUGUAACUCAGGCUGUGCACUAUUGGCUGAAGACAAAGAGACAGGGACCAAUGCUCCUGGAGAUCUGGAUUGAAGGAGAGCGAUUAGGCAGCUAUGCAUCUGAAAUGGCCAGGGUCGUGCGUUUUACUUCUCAGAAUCCUUCUGAUACAACCCUGGGAAAGCCUGAGUUGGUGCUUUACACACUCAAUUUGGAUGAAUAUGGAGGACCUGGAGAUUGUAAAGAGGAAACCUUGACAGAGAGGACCAUCUGCUGCCGGCAGGAACAUUAUAUCAAUUUCCGUGAGCUCACCUGGACUCAGUAUUGGAUUAUUGAGCCAGCUGGUUACCAGGCUUACCACUGUGUGGGCAUCUGCCGGCAGCCCAAGAACUUGCUGCACCAUUUUGGUUAUGGAGAGAGAACUUGUGCUGUGGUAGAAAGUUCUCCACUUCCCAUGAUGUACCUUGUCAAGAAAGGCAACUACACAGAAAUUGAAGUGGCAGAGUUCCCUAAUAUGAUUGUAGAAAAAUGUGGCUGCAUUAUGGACAAUAUAGCAGUGGUCUAGCUGCAAACACUAAGACUGGUUAAAAAAUACAAAAUAUGAUCAAUUAUAGGAUAGUCUUAUCAUACUUUAAUUAAUGAUAUGAUGGCAUUUGGAAAUCUUAGUGCUCCUAAUCCUAACCACAUAAAACCUGUGGCAUGUUGUAGUUGGCUACUGGAUUUUCAAAUGCAUUUAUGUCAAAGUAUGCCCUUCCACCAAAGAACACAAUUUUUCUCCUCUGCUAAAAGUUUGUUCCAAAUUAAACUUUUCCACAAGAAUGCUCAAUGCACUAGAUUUGUUUAAUUUGUCCUUCAUUUCAAAUCGUGUGAGCAUUUACUAAUGUUUGGUCUUAACUGGGCCUUUCCACAAGCAGAAGGCACUUCACUCAUACAGGAAAGGAUCUAUAAUUUUAAUGGUUUCUCUCUGAGUAUUCAGCCUCCUGAACUGUGGCCUAGCCUGUCCCAGAGGAGCCUCCUGAU